AUGGCAGGGAAGAAGGUGACAACUACACAUUUCAGAUGCGCUCCAACCAAGAAGCAACCAAAGAGCCCAAAGUAUGCUCGCUGCAUUAAGUCCAACAGAAUCAAAUUGGACGAGUUUGCCGUCAUUAAAUUCCCAUUGAGCACCGAAACUGCUCUUAAAAUGAUCGAGGACCACAACACCAUUGUCUUCUUGUGUGACCAAAGAGCAAACAAGGCAACCAUUAAGAGAGCUGUCGAGAAGAGAUAUCAAACUAAAGUCGUUAAGAUCAACACUCUCGUUAGACUCGAUGGUCUUAAAAAGGCGUUCGUGAGAUUGGCACCAAAUGUUGAGGCUAUGGAGGUUGCUACUAAAAUCGGACUCUUCUAA